AUGGAUUGUCCCCAACUUAGAACUGAAGCACCAAAGACUGCAGCGAAACCCACUCCAGCAAGGGUGUUCGUGAUAACUCAGGCUGAUGUAGAAGCCAGCCCUUCAAUGGUAACAGUUCAGCUCUCAGUCAACAACUCUUAUUUCUCUGUGUUGUUUGACUCUGGGGCCACUCAUUCCUAUGUGGCGACCAGAAUUUUUAGUAAAUUGGAUAGACCGCAUGAUAGCUAUGAAACAAGGUUUGGAACCCUAUUUCCUGGCGGAGAAUUAGUCAUCUUGAAAAGGUGGAUUAGGUCUAUGCCAAUCAGAAUAGAGAAUAGAGAGUUGAGUGUUGAUUUAAUAGAAAUGAAUUUAGUGGAUUCUGUUAUUAUUCUGGGAAUGGAUUUCUUGUCCAAGUAUUUAGCAAGUAUUGAUUGUAAGAGGAAGAUGGUAAUCUUCCAACGAGAAGGCGAAGAACUGUUUGUUUUUGUUGGUACGAUUUAA